UGCGCCUAUAGGACAGACCGCCUAUCUUACCUGUAUUGUGAAGAACCUCCAUAAUUAUACGGUAUCCUGGGUUCGAGCUCGAGACAUCCAUUUACUGACAGCUGGUGAAACAACCUACACGUCUGAUAACAGAUUUGUGGCAGUGAACCCAGGGGGAGGAGACCGGUGGAUGCUGCGUCUUCAUCACGCCCAGCCAUCCGACGCUGGAACUUACCUGUGCCAGGUAUCAGUCAGCCCGCCAAUGUCAACUUCUGUCACUCUGCUGGUUACAGAGGCUGUAGCCAGUGUCCGGCCCGGGACGGACGUGUACUUGAAAGUUGGGAGUCGCGUUGUCCUCGUCUGUGAGGUGUUCGGAUGCCCCUACCCGGCCUCGCCUGCCUGGUACAAGGGCCACAAGCUGCAAGAGGGCACUGAGAUAGAAGAGGGGCGCGUCCAGGCAACUUCAGCUCAGCCGUCAGUGACUGCUUCGGCCACGCUCCUUCCAGAGAGUCACUCCAGCCCAGCGGAGGACGUAGGACAUCAUCACUCCCCUACGAAAUCUGCGCUCUUCAAGUACCCAUACUUCCCACAAGUCGAAAACUCGUCACUUUCAACGGAGCUGUCAACUUCUCCGUCACCUCCGCCUACCACGGGAGCGCCGACGCCCGUCGGGCUACCGAUAGCCACGGCGACUCUCACACGGCCUAAGGCUUCCUCAACUCAUUCGGGGGUGUACACUUGUACUAACACCUGUACAGAUCCCGUCAAUCUCACGCUUCACGUCCUAAUAGGAGAUGAGGAGACAGCCGCCAUGCAGCAUCCAAACGAUGCGUCUAGGAUGCCCGGAAGUCGAGAUGAGCUCCUCGGAAGAACGCACCUUUUGUGCGUGAUGCUUGGCGCAUUCUUCCUGGUGCACUGAAAUGGACGCAGAUCCAAUGUAUCCACUGACUUGGCUCUGAAAUCUCGUCACACCUCUACACUGCACUGAGUAGUUUCUACCCAAGUGUAAGGAUACUUUCAGAUGAUGUGAGAUGAUAUUUACGCUGGUGCUUUUAUGUGAGGACUGCUGGUUUUUGUUUGUAUACAUAGAUUUUAUAAAGUGGUUGCAAAAUAUAUUGUUUCAUCUUGUGAUUUCUCAACGGAAAACUAGACGAGGAUUUUGUAUUUGUCAAAAAUAUCCUUCGCUAAAAAUUGUGGACAUUAGAUGUAUAUCAAUACAACUAUUCAAUUACUCCUAAUUAUUUAUCUUAAUUGCUAUUAACACCGAUGAAAACUUUCACUACUGUGCAUUCUGUAUAUUCUGUUUUUUACAUGUAA